AUGGAGCCCUCGAGGGACAUCCCUUGGGCUGAGCACGAGAAGGUCUACCUUCUGGCCGAGAUCAUGAAGGCCGCGCCCGUCUCGUCCGAGACGCUGUUCCAUUUCAUCAAGAACGCCGGCAUCCAGCCAAAGUGGGCGGAGAUCGCGCUCCCACAAGGACGCUCCCUGCGCCAGUCCCAGAUAGCAUUCCAGGACCUUAUCGCGCAAUUCUCCGCCCACGAUUCCCGCGGAGCCGGCACCGCCAGCGCGGGGCCCGUCCAGUACCACCACGCCCACCAACCGUCUCCCCAGCAGCACCCACAGCACCAGCAUCCCGUCUUCCACGGCCACCAGCCGCCCGUCGAGAUCCCGCGCAAGCGGCCGCUCGCCCCCGACGUGUCGACGCCGACGGGCCGCCUGCUGCAGCCCCGCCCGCCCAAUCCCUACCCAGCGGCAGGAGGAGCAGGAGUAGGAGCAGCAGGAGGAGACGCCGCCGCCCAACAAGCCGCUCACCACCAUGCCGCCGCCGCCGCGUCGUCCAUGCUCCAUCACCAGCAGCAGCACCAACACCACCACCACCAGGGCGCCGCCGCCGGUCCCGCGUACAUAAUGUCGCCGACGCUGGGCGCCGAGGGCACGAGCAAGAAGCGCCGCGGCCGUCCCACGAAAGCAGAGGCCCAGGCGCGCGCCGCUGAAGCUGCCGCGCGGGGCGAGCCGUAUCCGCCGCCGAAGACGGGGAAGCGCGCGUCCAUGGCGUCGGCCCUGAGCAGCAGCAGCGGUGGCGGCGGCGGCGGCGGCGGUGGAGGAGGCGGCGUAGAAGCUCCAGGCACCGGGCGCGCGGCGGGCGCGGGGACGGCGAGUCCUAGCACGCCGGGCGGCGCUGUUGGCGGCUCUGGCACGGCUUCCAGGCCCGAGCGUGGUGAGCACAUGUCCGUGAGCAGCAUGGUGACGGCGGCCACGCCGGCGGCAAAGCGGAGGCAGUCUAGCCUCGACGUGCCGGUUUCGCCCACGGCGAAGCCGGAGGUCGUGAGCGAGAGCGCCAGAUCAGGCCCUCUCGCGUCGCCGACCAAGGCGGGAGCUCAGGCGCCAGAGGGCCGGCGCGACACCCUUUUGACCCAGGGCUCUCCUCUCGCCGUGUCGACGACCUCGUCCCCGGGCGAAGAGCGAGGGAGAGAGACGCCGCGCGAAGCGAGUGAAGAUCACAAGCGCCGUGCGACGCCACAUUCGUUUAAAGACACCGUGGGCAUUUAA